AUGGCGGCGUUGCACGGGGCGAGCGCCAAGGCCGGCGCCCCGCCGCAGAUCCCGGACACCCGCCGCGAGCUGGCCGAGCUGGUCAAGCGCAAGCAGGAGCUGGCGGAGACGCUGGCCAACCUGGAGCGGCAGAUCUACGCCUUCGAGGGCAGCUACCUGGAGGACACGCAGAUGUACGGGAACAUCAUCCGCGGCUGGGACCGCUACCUGACCAACCAGAAAAACUCCAACAGCAAGAACGACCGUCGGAACCGGAAGUUCAAGGAAGCGGAGCGGCUCUUCAGCAAGUCCUCGGUCACCUCGGCGGCCGCGGUCAGUGCCUUGGCUGGAGUUCAGGACCAGCUGAUUGAGAAGCGCGAGCCCGGCAGCGGCACCGAGAGCGACACUUCCCCGGAUUUUCACAACCAAGAAAACGAGCCGAGUCAGGAAGAGGUGGAAGAGCUGGAUGGGUCCAUUCAGGGGGUGAAACCCCAGAAAGCGGCCUCUUCUGCCUCGGGGGGCCACCACAGUAGCCACAAAAAGCGGAAGAAUAAAAACCGGCACAGGAUUGAUCUCAAGUUGAACAAAAAACCACGAGCUGACUACUAGUGGUCCUCCGGGAUGAAUCUUCCAGGAACUUUUCUCCUUCCUUCCUUCCUUCCUUCCUUCCCAAGAGACUGAAUAAGCACAAGACCGGCUCUUUCCUGCAGCAGCCUGCACACCAGCGGCACUGCUGGCCGAAACAGCUGCUGCCGAUUCAUCACACAUAAAAUCCACGAAGUCCAGUCCUCUCUACUCGCUGCCAUCUUCUGGUUGAAUUGUUUUGUCUUAUGUAUUUGGCUCUUUUUUUAAACAAAAAAUAAAUAAACUUUAUUUAAUUUUUCCAUUUGUUAAAGAUUAAGACAAAUUGUCUGCUAGAUGCUUUUAUUCUUCAGAGCCGGAAUAGUUUUUCAGACUGGGAAGGCUGAUUUCAUUUUACUCUGAAACGCUUGCUAACAACGUGAGGAGAAAACAUGGAUGUGUGGGGCAAGCAGUCUCCUUUUUCAUACGUAUGUCUCCUUAUUGUAAAUAAAAC